AUGACCCUGCGGCGGCGGCGGCGGCGGCGGCGGCUCCGGCCGAGCGACGAUGCGGCACCGGCGGUGGCCCCGGAGAGCCCCGGGCCCGCCGAGCUGUACCGAGCGCUGGCGGCGGCCGGCGGGACCCUGCCCCGCGUGCGCAAGGACACAGGGUUCAAGUGGGCAUCCCCGAGCCAGUCGCCAGAGGAGCACAGGAGGGUGGUGACGCUGGAGAAGAAGGCAGAGGAGUCCUUCGGCUUCGAGAUCCAGACCUACGGGCUGCACCACCAGGACAGGAACAGCGUGGAGAUGUUCACCUUCGUGUGCCGCGUGCACGACGGGAGCCCGGCUGAGGCCGCGGGGCUCAAGGCUGGGGACACCAUCACGGGCGUGAACGGGCUGAACGUGGAGGGCAUCCGGCAUCGGGAGAUCGUGGAGAUCAUCAAGAGCUCGGGCAACGUUCUCCGGCUCGACACGCUCUAUGGCACCUCCAUCCGCAGGGCCGAGCUGGAGGCCCGGCUGCAGUACCUGAAGCAAACCCUCUACGAGAAGUGGGGGGAGUUUCGCUCGCUGAUGGUGCAGGAGCAGCGGCUGGUGCGGGGUGUGGUGGCCAAGGACCCCAGCAUCUACGACACGCUGGAGUCCAUCCGCUGGUGCCUGCAGGGGGAGGGACUGCCGGGGGGCUCCUCCCGGGCCAGCGGCAGCGAUGAUUCCCUCUACCAGACCUGCGUCUUCGCCUCUUCCAGCUCCCUGGACGGGGACAAGGAUGGCGACAGGGACAAGGAUGAGGACAGCGGGGGUCCCGCGCCGCCCCCGCCGCGCCCCCGACCUGCCCUGGCCCGCAGCGCCAGCCUCAAGUGUGCGGGGGGCCCGGGGGCUGCGGGGAGGCUUUGGGCCCGGGCCGGGGACCCCGGGGAAGGAGCGGCCGCCCCCCGCAAGAGCCGGCACAGCAGCUUCCGCCGGCGGCUGCUCAAGUUCAUCCCGGGUCUCAACCGGGCGCUGGAGGAGGAGGAGAGUCACCUCUAG